AUGGCGACGACCGUGGAGAAGAUCAAAAACAUCGAAGAUGAAAUGGCCAAAACCCAAAAGAACAAGGCGACCUCAUUUCACUUGGGUCAAUUGAAGGCGAAGCUGGCAAAGUUGAAACGCGAGCUACUCACGCCAAGUGGAGGUGGCGGCGGUGGAGGAGUCGGAUUCGACGUCGCCAGGACUGGUGUAGCCAGUGUGGGUUUUAUAGGCUUUCCCUCUGUGGGCAAAAGUACGCUCAUGAGCAGGCUUACAGGCCAGCAUUCGGAGGCCGCCGCAUAUGAAUUUACAACGCUUACGACUGUUCCGGGACAAGUCAUGUAUAACGGCGCUAAAAUCCAAAUAUUGGAUCUACCAGGAAUUAUCCAAGGCGCAAAGGAUGGCAAAGGACGAGGUCGUCAAGUGAUUGCUGUGGCUAAGACUUGCCAUCUGAUUUUCAUCGUUUUGGAUGUGAACAAACCCCUUACCGACAAACGUGUUAUCGAAAACGAGCUUGAGGGAUUUGGUAUCAGAAUAAACAAGAGUCCACCCAACAUUGUGUUCAAGAAAAAGGAUAAGGGAGGUAUCAAUAUAACAGCAACGGUUCCUUUAACUCAUAUCGACCACGGUGAAAUCAAAGCCGUCAUGAACGAAUACAAAAUAAACUCGGCUGAUAUAGCUAUUCGAUGUGAUGCAACCAUCGACGAUCUUAUAGACGUUCUCGAGGCGAAGAGUCGGAGUUACAUUCCUGUCAUCUACGCCCUCAAUAAGAUCGAUGCUAUUUCUAUCGAGGAGCUUGACUUAUUGUACCGCAUUCCGAACGCUUGUCCGAUUAGUUCCGAGCAUGGUUGGAAUGUGGAUGAAUUACUUGAGCAAAUGUGGGAGAAGCUGAAUCUGAGGCGGGUAUAUACGAAGCCAAAGGGAAAAUUGCCCGAUUACAGCGCGCCUGUUGUGCUCCGCGCCAACGCUUGCACGGUAGAAGACUUUUGCCACUCAAUCCAUAAAUCUAUCGUGGAGCAAUUCAAAGUUGCGAUCGUGUACGGCAAGUCCGUCAAGCACCAGCCGCAGAGAGUAGGCCUUGCACACGAGCUCGGAGACGAGGACAUUAUUACUAUAAUCAAGCGAUAA